CACUUAAGACACAGGUUUCGAGGAUGGCUAAUUUUAGGAUGUUUGCAAAACUCUGCACAAUUAUUUCUCUUGGAGAGAUGGUUCAUAUCAUAGCGGGGACCGAGCCCUCUGUCAUUCAACUGGAGACUCAUUAUAUGUCAGCAAAUAUUGGAGAAGAGGUGACUUUGCUCUGCUUUUAUGGAGACGAGAUGGCAAUGCAUUUCUCCUGGUACAAGCAAGCCUUAGGGAAAAACCCUAAGCUAAUCUCAACCAUCUACAAGUAUGAUGAGAACGCAUCAUUUUACCAUGAGUUCAAGGGUAACACUCGCUUCUCAGUGCAAGGCCGCAACGGAAUGAAUCACCUAAGCAUCUUAAAUGUUGAAAUCUCGGAUUCAGCCAUAUACUACUGUGGGCGCGCUCACUCAAAUGUUGUGGAAUUUGGACACGGAAUCAUGCUCAAUGUAAAAGAUUCAGAGUCCAACAGAAUUUCAGUUCAACAGCAGCCUGUUUCUGAGUCAGUUCAGCCAGGAGACUCUGUGACUCUGAACUGUACAAUAAACACUGAGACCUGUGAAGGAGAACACAGUGUCUAUUGGUUCAGACAUGACUCAGGAGAAUCUCCUCCAGGAAUCAUUUAUACCAAUGGAGACAGGAGUGGUCAGUGUAUGAAGAGCCCUGAGUCUUGGUCUCCUACACAGAGCUGUGUCUACAACCUCCCCAAGAGGAACCUCAGCCUCUCUGAUACUGGGACUUACUACUGUGCUGUGGCUUCAUGUGGAGAGAUACUGUUUGGGAAUGGAACCAAGCUGGACAUUCAAGGUGGAAACAUUCAGAUGGAGACCGAUGCAGUUUUGAGAAUCCUUGUCCUUUUGUCCAUCGGUAGAACUGGAGUUCUUUUCUGCUUCCUGACCAUCCUACUAGUCAUCAUACUCAUCAAUAAAUAUUUUAAUUAAGUGAUUCUGUUUCUUAAUCAUUCAGCUUUGAAUAAGAAAUUAAAAAGUAUGUGGCUAAUUGUCUGUGUUUGUCACAUCAGCUUAGGUGAAAGUACAAUGCCAAUAUUACUCAGUGUCUUUCAAUUGUACCUUAAUUCCUGGUUGUGUUUUACUGAGCCAUGCAGAACCAUGAUACAGAAUUACUUGUAAUUAUUUCUUUAUAUUUCAUUUGUUUUAAAUGUUUCAGUAAGAAGCAUGAUUUGUGGGAAUCAACACUGAUAAACAUCCAGCACAUUUUUACAUAAAUGAAGAGAACACAAAUCACAGAAACCACACCUACUGUAUUUGGAUAUAAUAGCAACUUUUACAAAAUUAAACAAUGUGAACUUCUGCUUUUAUUUUUUGCUCACCCUUCUCUUCA